GCAGCCCUCCCAGGCGCGUUUUGGGAGGCCGGGCUCCCGAGAGUUCAGGGGCUCACUUUCCGGAACCAGGUCCCUUGUGGGAGAUCGCUGUUCUCGUUGCAAACGCAGUACUUCCCAAAAGUGAGAUCGGUUGGAUUCCCCUCCGUCCUGUCCAGCCCGGAACGACAAGCCGGAGCACCGCGUUUCCUGAUUGACCUUGUUGGCAAUCACUUCCGCCCAGGGGUUUGGAAUACCCGAGGCCCUUUGGCUGCGAACAACAGGAAAGGCACUUCCGGUGUAUGUUGCCUAGGCGCCGGCUUGGUGGGCCAGCGGGGCGACAUAAGUGGGUCGUCCUCUCCUCCCCACCCCCCUUUUGGGGUUCGAGAUGUCGGGGCUCAGCGCUCCGGAGACGGAGGGCUGUCGUAACCUGCUCGGCCUACUAGACAACGAUGAUAUCAUGGCCCUGUGCGACACUAUCACUAACCGCCUGGUGCAGCCUGAGAACCGCCAAGAUGCCAUUCGUGCAAUAUUAGUGUACAGUCAAAAUGUAGAAGAACUUUUGAGGCGUAAGAAAGUCCACCGAGAAGUCAUAUUUAAGUACUUGGCAAUGCAGGGGGUUAUUGUACCUCCAGCUACUGAAAAGCACAAUCUUAUUCAGCAUGCAAAGGAUUAUUGGAAAAAGCAGUCACAUCUGAAAUUGAAGGAGACACCAGAGCCAGUUAAGACAGAGGACAUUAGACUAUUUCAACAGCAGGAAAAAGAAGAUAAAAAAGCUGAAAAAGUUGAUUUUCGUCGAUUAGGAGAAGAAUUUUGUCACUGGUUCUUUGAACUUCUUAAUUCUCAGAAUCCUUUUCUGGGUCCACCUCAAGAUGAAUGGGGGCCACAGCACUUCUGGCACGAUGUCAAGCUUAGGUUUUAUUACAACACCUCUGAACAAAACGUGAUAGACUACUAUGGAGCAGAAAUUGUGAGCCUUCGUCUGCUGUCACUAGUGAAAGAAGAGUAUCUUUUUCUCAGUCCCAACCUAGAUUCCCAUGGACUGAAAUGUGCUUCUUCUCCCCAUGGUCUGGUUAUGGUUGGAGUUGCUGGGACUGUCCACCGAGGGAACACUUGUUUGGGCAUUUUUGAACAAAUUUUUGGACUUAUACGCUGCCCUUUUGUGGAAAAUACAUGGAAAAUCAAAUUUAUCAACUUGAGAAUUAUUGGAGAGGGUUCUCUUGCUCCUGGAACAUCAAUGAAACCAGCUGUUACAUUUGAACCUAGUGAUCUAGAGGCCUUUUAUAACGUAAUUAGUUUAUGUAGUACAAACGAAGUACAGCUUAAUGUAAGGCAGACAUUGGAUAGUGGAACUGGAGACCAGGCUUUAAGCAGUGGAGAUGAGGCAUUGUUGAACAAAAGAGAACUGAAUUUACCCAACCUUCUAAAGCACUGAACAUUGUAUGUCAGUCUCAAAAACUUUCUAUACGAAAACUCCUUUAAAUACCCCAUCAGUAAUGUCUAAGUGAUUUCAGGUGUGAGGAUUGACAUUUUAGUUGAAAUAUCUGUCUUGAUAACAGACUGACAUACUAUGUGAAUACUUGACUCUUUCUACCUGAGUUGCAGCAAAUGUUCUAAGAACCAGUGCAGUUCAUCAAAUAAAUCCCUUUUAGAUGGUAUAACUAACGGUGUGCCUUAGAAACCAGGUAAUACUUUCAUUUUACUUAGUGGAUAUUCUGCUAAUAUUUGUACUUUUCAUGUGGGAAAGGUUUAAUGUAAACUCAAAGUUACCAUUUUAGAAAACUUGAGUGACAUUCUCACGCAAAAAGUCCAAUAAUUUAGCAGGUGGAGAAAAAUAUACUUCGCCUUUUUAAAAUUUGAGGAACAUUUUUCAGUUAUCUAUUAGUAGACCAAGCUAAAUAUCUUAAAAUCUGCAACAUUUUCUGAACUCUUUUGGGCAAUGAUAAAUGCUAUUCUCUAAACAGACCUAAUUCUUAUCUAAGGCUUCAGCUAACAUUUUUAUAGAACAUUUAUUGUAAUACUAUAUAAAGGAAACAUACCAUUGAAAUUUUUUAAAAGGUAUGCCCAGUAUGAAUUACUAUUUUCCUCUUGAUUGAUCUUGGAAGAGGUGACCAAAACCACCCCCAUCCAAAACAAAAAACACACACACAAAUUUAUAAUGUGGGCAUAUCUGUAUACAGAUAUAGAUAUACUCCUACAUCAUAAAUUAAAAUUAGGAUUUUUUGCCUCUAAAUUGUUCUACUAGGUUUGACUUAAAAGGUUAAGUUGCUUUAGGGUUUAAAUUCUUCGUCACUUGGCAACUACUUGCUGAUCUGGGACUUAGUAAUUUUAAUUUUAAAAAAUGCCAUAUAGAAAAAAUUCAGCAGGGAAUUGUGAUGAUGUGUUGUACAUGUUAUUUUACCUUUAACUCUUCUUGUGAUCAUCUAGGAUAACAAGAAUUUUGGAAGCAGGGGGAAAAAACUCAUCAUUUUUGGUUUUUUAAUGCCAUACCUUUUACGAGGAGUACAAAUUGAUACAUCCUAAAAUAAGAACUUAAUAAAGGAGGGAAAUUCCUACUGUCUGCUAUAAGAAUAGUAUAUUGUUUAGAUUUAAAACCAGAUUAUCAUUUUCACCUUUAAGUAGAGUAUCAUUAUAACAUGUACUCAAUAAAUAUCAGUAAAGGAUAAAAUUAAAAACUAUUCCCAUCUGUAUUCUUUGUGGUAUUAAUGACAAGUACUGCAGAAAUAUUACUACAGAUAGAUGCUCAGGAUGGGCAGAAGUUGCCUCUAGCUAUCUUCAGUAUGGACUUUUUGAAUUCGUGUAAUGCUCAAGUAAGGCUGCAAUCUUCGCAUGUUCUUUUAAUCAACAUUAGAAAUUUGAAAUCUUACUGAUAGAACCUCUCGAGAAUUGGAACUAUGUUUUACUUUCUGUGAAUCCCCACAGCUGGACAACACAGUAGGACCUAAUGUUUAACUGGAUGAAAGAAUGAGCAAAAGAAAUUUACAUACUGUAUAAAAGACUUUACUGCAUCUAGAUUUUGUCUUUGGUUCUUAUCAGUGAUGGGUUGGUUUGUUUGAUCAUUUCAUCCAUUUGAAUUUCAUAUGUGGAUACACAGAAACUUUGAGGCUCCAAGCCAACAGAUAUAACCUUCUUUUAAAAUUUACUAAAUUUAAAAAGCCCACGGGUGAGAAUGGGAUAAACUGAAAGGCUAUAAAUUAUAGGAGAAGUAUAUAUUUUUAUGCUCAGAGAAAGAAGACCUGGAAGAAUUGAAAUUUAUUCAUGAAGUUUAAAGCUUGUUCAAGCCUUUGAGAAGGUUCAGAAGCACACUGCAGAUUGAACUCUGCUUUUCUACCGUCCCUUUGUUUUUUAUAUGUUAGAGAAUGGCAGAGACCCCAGCUUUAGGUCCCUUUAGCUUCAUUUCACCCUCAAGUGAUUUUUUUUUUUUAAACAUUUUAUUUAUUUAUUUGA